CUGAACCCCCAAAUCUUCACCGUUAAUGCACAGCUCGACUGUAAGCAAAUUUUUUUGUUGUGCCACCAGACGCAGCUGAUCGAACUAUUUCGAUGAGACAUUACAAAACGUAGGGUUGACUUUCUGGGAUAACUCUACCAUUACCAACAUUCAUAAAAUCCCGUCGGGUCCUAACGGCGGAAUUGUCUAGCUCGGUGCUCGCUAUUAAAAAAGUCUAGUGACACUAGUCGACAAUAGAUCGCUCUGCCGGUACUUAUAAGUUAGUUCUUGGUUCGACCGCUCGUUUUUCCGGGGCGCUGCAUUCUUUCCUAACGAGAGCCGGUCGCCUACGUCUCUUGCGUCUGAACGUAUUUGGGUUAACGUAUGGAGGAAUGUUUCUGCUCUGACAGCUAAUUCCGUACGAGACGUAUGUACCUACCUAUUCUUAAAGCUGGUACAAAGAGUAUCAACCGUACAAAGUGUACUGUGUAUAUGCAUCUGCCAUAUAAAAUAUCCACGACAGUGUAUACGAAUACACUAACCUCAGUUUACGUGUCCUGACAAUCAGUACGCAAAUUCAACCGGACUCUGUGUACAUAUCCUACGACCGUCUAUAUUCGCAACUCGCAUUUGCCUCGCGACGCGUGGCAAAGUGCGCUGGAGAUUUCUAGAUAGGAUCGAAGCCUCACGCGAGCCAACUUCCUUUUCCUAUGGUGUACGUAUACAUAGUGUGUAUUCAGGUACGUAGCUAUAUCCUUAUUCUGGAUUAUUAUAGUGGUACGCCUGUCUAUAUUGUAUCUUAUAUUGUAGGUAUAAUACAUAACGUUGCUCCAACUGGCCGCUUCUUCUCUCUCGCUCCUCUGGAGUCUCGAUUCAGGAAGUCACUGUCGAUACCGGGCAGCACGACGUCUCGAUCUAUCACGCCCAACAGCUUUCAAUCGGUUUUCGACUUGACAAGUUUUUGCCCUGUUGACCCGCGCCACCAUUAAUUCCAAUACCCAACCGAUCGGAUGAUAACCUGGCUCCCGUAAGACAUCCGUAACAACACCGGAUCCAUAUUAGGACCUGGAUACAGUUAAGCCGGAAUAUUCGGAAUCCUUGAAAUCGACACGCCACGUGCACGACAGGACAUCAACAUUGAUUUUAAUAACGCAAUCUAGUUUUGCACGUGGUACUAGGUACUGAAAAAUUUCGUAGAAAGAAUCUACGACGAAGAUUGACCAGCAAUUUUCGAAACUUCCAAUACAACGCUGCCUGGUCCAACUGAGAAUAGACCUUCCUGCUGCUGACCAUCGGCAAUAUAUUUCCAAGAAGCAUCCAUUUGGUAGCCAUUAAAAUGCUCUAUACUCGAAGAAGAAGAGGUAUAUAGAAAAAGUGGAUUCACACCUUUCUGCUUAAUUCUGAGCUCCAUAUAAACGGCACAUGCUAUCUGUACAAGAACAGUAACAGAGCUACCAACCUUACGACUGUAUCACAGUAUGAUACAGAGAGUGAGUUUGAUAAAAAUAGCCUGAAUUAUAAUAAAAUAGUAAACACCUAUGAUGCCAGAGCGAAUAAUAAUAAUAAAUGAUGAGGAUGCUGCCAGCUCCCAAGAGUAACAUAAGAGAAGGUCAACCCAAGUGGGCGAAUCGGUAUAGAUACUCGUGUAUUCAAUGGUAUCCCGAGUACCAUAAGCAUAGCGAGACUCGAUAAAGAAGGUAGACGGUUACGGAGGUAAGGGAACAAGCUGAGACAGACAAGGAGAGAAUGACGUUGUGAAGAUGUAAAAGAGUAACAGGUAUAGAUCGUACGUACGUACAGUCGUACGAGGAUGCUGGGGAUAUUGGGAGAGAGUGGGAGGGGUAUCCAGGAAAAGAGAGGAGACGCAUUAACAUGAGACACGGGUGGUGGCGGCGGCGGCGGCGGCGGCGGUGUCGAAGAUGGCGAUGGUAGUGGUACCCAGGGUCCAAGGUAGAGGCAGUAGAGGUAGACCUGAAAGAUGCUGGAGGUGGUUGGAAAGGUGGUGGUGGUCAGCAGACAGCGUAGCAGUCACAGCACUUGCUCUUAGCAGGGAGUUUUGCCCCUUCCUGCCGCGGGCGGCGCCAUACGGCUCCUUUCCUCUUUUCGCCUCUAGGCCAUUCUCGAGGGGCGCGCGCGUCAAGGCGGUAUCUAUCUUGACUGUCUGAAUAUAACGCGAGCCAAUACGCGUGCGCGUGAACGGACUUUUCCCGGGACUUUUCCGAAACGUCGACACGUGACCGGGCGACCACGUGAGUUCCGGACAGGUGCGCACGGAGUCGAUAAGAGUUUAACGAGAAGUUUCAAAAGUGACGCUGUCAACGAAAUCCGUACGGUACUACUGUUUACAAUCAUCCGCGGUCCAGGCGACACGAAAACUGGACGAUCGUUAUGGAGUAACCGAGGUGCCGAAUUUCCCCCAGGAAGUGCUGAAACGGCUUCACGGCCUGAGGAUACUCGAGGAUAUGGACCUGGUGAAAACUGAAGUAUCGACUGGUUUUCCGUAUCGUCCCGUAGGACGACGUCCGGUCGUAGGGUGUCGUCGUUGACGUCUGACAGUCGGAACACGGCGGAACGAGGACGAGGUUGGUAGUCCUGACCAGGAAUCGUCCUGGAUACGUUACCAGCUCUAGGUGCCGGUACUGGAGGAUCAGGUCCGAGAUAAAUGCCACGUUCGUCUCUGCGUGAAGUCUGACAGGAUUUAGUAACGUUGAUUUCGCAACGUGCCAGGUACAUUUAUCGCACGGAGGAGGUCUAACCUUUUGCUUCCUCAAGGUCCUGCCAUUAAUAACGUUUCAAUUAUUAAUUGCGCGACCUUUGACACGCGUUUACCUGGAACUGGAGGUCGAGACCUUUCGAGAGACGAUCCAGGUGCUCGCCGUCUUAUCCAGAGUGAAGUUUCCGUAGUUCCUGAGAGAACGGACGCGUCGCGACGUCGAAGGCACAGUAACGAGGAUCAAGAAUUGAGUACUGGUCCAGAACCGGGGACGAUUGCGGGCGUCGAUGCGGCGUCGAAUCCGACCGGUGAAAUCAGCUUGGGUCCGACAUUGAGAACGGUAGCCAGCUAACCCACCGACGGACCACGUGACUUCUGGACCGACCAGUGAGACAGGUUUGCGUCUGGUCGCCCUGCGUCGCCCCCGCUUCGGCUCUCUUCGGCUCUCUUCGCUCCCGUCUCGAGUCCUUCCGAUCUGUCUCCCUACCUCUGAUCUCGCUACGCGCCUCUCCUUCCCGCGAUUCAACCACUUUGCCUGGCCUCACCUCGCUUCGGACACGCUCCACGAGCCGUUGGCACUGCUGAUCGUUCACCUCCCAUGAGAAGCGCCAUGAAAAGGCCAGGACGCCUACGUAGAACGGCAGGAGUCCCUGACGGAGGAAGUGCGUCACGUUGUCAACAUGCCUGGUGAUUUCAAUGCUAGAGAGAGACCUGCGCCUUUGGUACCAACCUCAUCCUCAGAAAUAAACUGAAGUCCAGGCGAAUCCCGAAAACUGAUCGGCGAACAGGAUAAACUCGAGGACGUGUCUCGAGGUCGUCGAGCGUCAGCUGGGCGCGAUGUCGGUGCUCGAGGGCGCCGAGACGGACAGGACCACGAUGUCGCCGCUGGACGAGGUCGCGUCCCCGACUAGCGUAGAAUCCGAACUCAUGGUCACCGAUAUGCUGGAGGAGCACGAGUCCCGGUUAAAUGACCCGAGGGACGGAAAGAGGAAGAGGAACACGGACGGGGACGAGCUCAGUCCCAGGAAGCUGCCUUCUCUCUCGAGCAAUAAUAACGACGUAGGAUUCGUAUUGGAUGACAAUGCCGAUGACGGUAUGCAGGAGGAUGGUGAAGAUGACCGACUCACGGGUCACGGGGGCAUAUCUUCGCUGGGUGGCGGAAACUCCUCGCCCUAUUCCGGUGCCCAUCAUCAUGGCCAUCGAGGAAACGGCAACGGCGGCGGUAUGCCGCAUCACGGCGGCGCGUCACUUCCGACCGCCUCCGACUUUCAGCCACCUUACUUUCCGCCGCCCUUUCCGUCCCAUCAUCACGCACCGGCCAGUCCACAGCAUCCCGGACUUGGGCAGCCCCAGCAUCUGGAUUACCUGGUGAGCGAUCCCUACGCGCAGACCCUCAACACUCUUCAUCAGCAUCAUUACAAUCAGCUGAGCGCGGCGGUCACUGCGGGACAGAGAAGCGGAGACCUCAGAAGAGAUGCGGAAGGCCUUCACGUGACGAACAUGCACGCGUCGUUUCCAUACGACGGCGGCCGCAGCAGCGGGGGCGGGGGUGGGGGCGGCGGCGGCGGAGGUCGCGGCGUCGAGUACGGCGCCGUCCGGCGUCCCGACGCUCUUCUACCACCUCCCGGUCUCGACCAAACCGAUUUAGUCCUGCACACAAGUCUCGUCGACGACCCCCAGGUGAGCGACGAUAACACAAACGUGGACGACGGAGGAUUCAUGAAUGAUCUGCCUCUUCUGAAAAAUAUGAAACCGUCCGAUAGGGGCGACAAGGCUAUGUUGUCCGGAAGUGCGGAACCGUUGGAUGUGUUUUGUUCGGUGCCAGGAAGGUUAUCGUUAUUAAGCAGCACCAGCAAGUACAAAGUGACGGUGGCUGAGGUCCAGAGACGACUCUCGCCGCCAGAAUGCCUGAACGCGAGUCUACUUGGCGGAGUACUCAGGAGAGCAAAGUCCAAAAACGGUGGACGUCUGCUCAGAGAGAAGCUCGAAAAGAUUGGACUCAACCUACCGGCAGGCAGAAGGAAGGCUGCCAACGUAACUCUAUUAACCUCCUUGGUGGAAGGGGAGGCCAUUCACCUUGCAAGAGACUUUGGCUACGUCUGCGAGACGGAAUUCCCGGCGAAGCAGGUCGCCGAAUAUCUCAGUCGGCAGCACUGCGAGCCACAGGACACCUACAGGCGAAAAGAACUCCUUCAUGCCACCAAACAAAUCACCAAAGAGUUGAUGGAUCUUUUGAACCAAGACAGAUCGCCAUUGUGCAACACACGACCGCAUCACAUCCUCGAUCCAAACAUACAGAGACAUCUGACGCAUUUUUCUCUAAUAUCCCACGGUUUCGGGAGUCCUGCGAUCGUCGCCGCUCUGACGGCAAUACAGAAGUUCCUAAGCGAAUCCCUGAAUCAUCUGGAGAAGAUUUAUCCCGGGAACGGAAGUGGCGUGACCAGCAGUCAACAAUCAAAUCUUGACACGAACAAGAACAAGGAUGGAUCCUUAAUGAGCGACAUGAAAAAGUGACGCCCAGAGGACCCGCCCACCUCUAACGUGGUCACGUCUAUCAGACACUCCUGGCCUUGCAAUUGACUUUUCGUCGUAGAAUUUCACUACGAAAAGUAUUCAUGCCGGACCACUAUGUUUACGUAUUUCUGUUGCUAAGAGGUUGGCUGGUCGGAUGUUGGAUAAUACUUAUUGAGGAAGAAAAAAACUAUAAUGGUGUCAUCGUACCCGUGUUCUGCGGAAUCCGUCUUUGUUCGCUGCACUUCGAGCAAGAGAAGGUACAAGAAGAAAAAGAAGAAGAAGAAGAAGAACAAGUGACGAGAGACAUUUAUAAACACGGUGUUGUCCCCCCUGCGUCCUUUACCUAUCUGAUCGUGCUCACAAGAAUGAUCGAUCAAUAAUUAAUCGUCUCAAUUGAAAAUCCUAUCGAUUCCUUGAGAAUUAUUAAACGUACUAGUGGCGCCCCUCGCGCUCUUGCGGAAUUUACAAAACCGCGAUUUAACGAAUCCGACGAUUCCGUAGUUAUACAUACCAAUAGUUAUGUAUACAUUAUUGGGGCACGUUUGUCACGAUUCGCACAUCGCGUGCCGAUGCUCACAAUAAUCGGUACGAGUAUAUUGAUCGCAAUAACACAUAAUCCGCUCGGCUGGAAUCGUUCAAACUGCGCGUACAUAUCCUCCGCCCCUUCCAUAAUUGUACAAAAUGCGUUCCUCAACGUUCUCCGUUACUUUUCCUCUUUUCUAUCUUUUUGUUUUAUUAUUUUAUUAUUAUUAUUUUAGUACUUUUUUACUUGUGGGCUGGGUAGUGGUGCCAC